UUUUAAUAAUACAUGUAAUAGACGUCAUGAAUUACGAAAACAGGGAAGACUAAACAUUAAUUGCAAUUUUUUUUAUUUACUAUUAUUACUAUUAAAAUUCGGCUUUAAAUUAUAAGAAUAAAUUACAUAAAAGAUCAUGCCAGUUAAUAUGCAAGAUGUUGUUGAGGUUGUGUGUGUUUUAGCAGAUGAAGAAAAUAUUAGAAUUGCUGUAAAGGAAUCUGUAAAAGGGGGUAUUAUAACUGGUGUUGCAGUAGUAGUUGGUGGUGUAGCUCUUGGACCAAUUGGACUUGCAAUUGGUGGCACAUUAGGAGGUAUUUAUUCAGCCAUUGUUGCUUCUGGAAAAUUUAAAUCUGCUGCAGAAAUUAUAAGGUGCAUGAGAGAUGAAGAUAAAGAAAGAUUAGUGAAUGCUGUUUUACAAGUUGCAAACAAUUUUGAUAUAAAUGAUGUAACUCGAUUAGCGGCUCUGAUAGCAGGUGAUACUAUUUUAAGAGAACAAAUUUUAAACACGGUAAUUACUUAUCUCCGGAGUGAAAUGAAAAUGCAAAUAAUUGACUGAAGAAUCUUUCUGUAUCUUUUUCUAUCUUGUGUUACUUUUUGUAUAUGCUUAUUUGUGUUCAUUUGAAUGAUCAUAAUUAUUUUAUAUACAAUAAUAUAAAUAUGACAUUUUUUUUCUUUUUAAAUAGAAUAAAUAGCAGGUAAUGAUAGAUAAUUAGUCCAAUAUCUUGCAUUGAAUGUUAAGUUUACAUUAGCAAUAAUAGAAACAUGAGAAUGCUAGGUAUAAUUUAACGUACUUGUGCCAUAUCAAAAUCUUACCUGUGAUUGCAUAUAUCAUAUAAUCAUUGAUAUAUUAAUGUCUCCAGGUAACUUGACAUAUUAAAUACUGCGGGUAAUCAAUUAGAAAGAAUAUCAAAUUAACUAAUAAAUAUAUUGCAACAGAUUUGGAUAAACAUUAUUCUAUCAGAAGAAAAUUUUUAGAAUGAUAAAAAAUAUAUUAAGUCAAAUGUAAUGAAAUUUUGUACAAUCAAAAUUUAAUUUUAGAAAUGUGGUUAUUAAAAUCCAAACAAUUCAAUUACCAUAUUUUGAUGCAUAUAACCCACAAUGGCAUAUAUUCUUCAGACAAUUGCUAGAACAAAAAUGAAACAUCCACAUAACUUGCCACACCUAUGAAAGCAGCCAUUGCUCCAUAGGUAUGAAUUUAUGAUUGCAAAUUCUAUGUAUAGUCUGCCCCUCCUAUAAUUGUUUUUGACGCCAAGUUAUAUGCACAAAAUACACUAUUGCAUUAUUACAAUUGUUCAACAUUAUGUAAUUUAAAAUUUUAUGAUAUUAUUUGCCAGAUGAACUUCUAAUUCAAUAAUAAUGAAAAUUCAGACUUAUUUUUAAAUAAAUUGAUUUGAAAGAUAGGCUGACUUUACUUGAUUGAUGAUAAUUUAAUUACAAGAAAAUUUUAAUGUUUUGGUGUAUAAUAUAGAAACUUUGUAAUAUUUACAAUAGUAAUAUUGAAGCACAAAAUCCUUAACUUUUUAUUUGGUUGAUUAGAUGAUGGAGUAUCAGCACAAUUUUCCAAAAAUCAGCAGUAUGAAUCUGUCAACUCAUUGUUACUUUAUUGUUUUUUUAGCAAUUUCAUAAUGAAACUUGAAGUUUUAUGCUUUAAAAAGAUGAUUUUUUACAAAAAUAUAUUACUUCUAAAGCCACUGGUGAUAAAUAAAUUGUAAUAUGAACGGUGAUAAAUGUCAUAUUGUCAGUUAUUUAUGACAAUGAACCAAAAUCAAGGCUGUAAAAUAUGUAUUGUAAUCUUUAAAUAUUUAUUUUGGUAAAACAAGCAUUUAUGGUUUAAUUUCUUGUCCUGAAAACUUUCCUUAAAAAUAAAUACUUUAAUUAAAGAGGAGAAAAACAGGUAUUUAUAUAAAAAUUGUUGUUCUAAAAUAAAAUAUACUUCCCAUAGCCUUGAUUCUGUUUACUGUGUAAAAUAACAACACUCCAAAUAAUUGUCAUUGUCUAUAAUACAAUUCACAAUGUUCCUGGAUAUGCUCACUAUCCAACUGUUCCCAUUGUGGGCCUGGCCUAAUUCAUAGUAUGUAUUAAAAAAAAAGUCUUCUCAGUGCCCACAGGGUGAAAACAGUAUAAAAAAAGUGCAAUUCAUGAAAAUCUUUGUGCAAUAUUUUAGAGAUAGAGACUAAAAAUUAUUUAAUAAAAAAUCCAAUUUGUACGGCUGUGUGGUUUAUUUUUAUAUUUUUUAAUGAACUAUUAGAUUUCAUAAUUUCAAGAAUAUACAAUUAAAAUUAAAUAUUUUACUCCUUAAAUAUUUAUGUCCAUUUUUUGUAACAGAAGGAAUGUUCAAACCAUCAUAUAAUGUGUGUAUUGAUUAUGAUAAAUAAAAUGUUUUAAAUAUAA